AUGGGAAGCGUGCGGGCUAACCGCUACAGCAUCGUGUCAUCAGAGGAGGACGGGAUGAAGCUGGCCACGAUGGCGGUGUCGAACGGCUACGGGAACGGGAAGAGCAAGGUGCACACCCGGCACCAGCCCCAGAGUAGGUUCGUCAAGAAGGACGGGCACUGCAACGUCCACUUCGUCAACGUCAGCGAGAAAGGUCAGCGCUACCUCGCCGACCUUUUCACCACCUGCGUGGACAUUCGCUGGCGCUGGAUGCUGGUCAUUUUCUGCCUGGCGUUCUUGCUCUCGUGGCUCUUCUUCGGGUGCAUCUUCUGGCUGAUGGCCAUCUUUCACGGAGAUCUGGACGGCAACGCUCCGAAAUGCGUCUCGCACGUGAGCACCUUCACCGGAGCCUUCCUGUUCUCCAUCGAGACGCAGACCACGAUAGGAUACGGCAACCGUUACGUCACGGAGGAGUGUCCCAUCGCCGUGUUCAUGGUGGUCCUCCAGAGCAUCGUGGGCUGCAUCAUCGACGCUUUUAUAAUCGGAGCGGUGAUGGCCAAGAUGGCCAAGCCCAAAAAGAGGAACGAGACUUUGGUGUUCAGCCACAAUGCGACGGUGGCCAUGAGGGACAACAAGCUGUGUCUGAUGUGGAGGGUCGGCAACCUGCGCAAGAGCCACCUGGUCGAGGCUCACGUCCGGGCUCAGCUUCUUAGGUCUCGUACCACGGCGGAGGGAGAGUUUAUCCCUCUGGACCAAAUGGACAUCGACGUCGGGUUUGACAGCGGCAUCGACCGCAUCUUCCUCGUCUCUCCGAUAACCAUCGUCCAUGAGAUCGACGAGGACAGUCCGUUUUACGACAUGAGCAAGCCGGAGCUGGACAACUCGGAGUUCGAGAUCGUGGUCAUCCUGGAGGGCAUGGUGGAAGCCACGGCGAUGACCACUCAGUGCCGUAGCUCGUACCUGGCCAGCGAGAUUCUCUGGGGCCACCGGUUCGAGCCCGUCCUCUUCGAGGAGAAGAACUACUACAAAGUAGACUACUCGCGCUUCCACAAGACCUACGAGGUCCCCAGCACUCCGCUGUGCAGCGCCAGGGACCUGGCGGAGAAAAAAUACAUCCUCUCCAGCCCCAGCUCGUUCUGUUACGAGAACGAGGUGGCGCUUCCGAACAAAGAGGAGAAAGAGGAAGGAGACGGGGGCGGACCGGUGCCCACCAACACACACACUGAUACCGGCUCGGACUCCGACCACAAUCAGGCCGGCGUGCCCACGGAGCCGCGGCCUUUGAGGCGAGAAUCAGAAAUCUGACUGACCGGAUAGACCUAACAAACAGGCACAUGGACUAAAACCAAGGUCCCCAGGGGAUCCUGACUUAAGCUGACGGUACAGCUGCGAGUAGAGGUUUAUAGACAAGCGCGUUCGGGCGAAUUUCUAUCUUUUAUAAAAUACAUAAACAAUCUAACGGCAUUGCACUGUAAAACGAGUGCACAUACA